UCGUCAUCUUUCAGACAAACAAAACAAAAACAAAUUCUUGAAAACAACACAAAAUGGAUCAAGACACAGAACGUGGAAGAAGCUGUUGUGGUUGCUGCUUGAGCUUCAUCUUCACAGCUGGUCUCACCUCUCUCUUCUUAUGGCUCAGCCUCCGUGCCGACAAACCCAAAUGCUCAAUCCAAAACUUUUACGUUCCUGCCCUCAACAAAACCCUGAAUUCACGAGUCAAUACCUCUCUCAACUUCAUGGUUCGUUGUGACAAUCCAAACAGAGACCAAGGAGUCUACUACGACGAUGUACGCCUUACCUUAUCCACGGCCAACACGACCAAGACCAAUUCCUCUGCUCCUCCUGUCUUUGUUGGUAACUACACAGUGCCUAAGUUCUACCAAGGACACAAGAAGAAGGCCAAGAAGUGGGGUCAGGUUUCGCCUUUGAACAAUCAGACGGUUUUACGAGCGGUUUUUCCUAAUGGAUCGGCGGUUUUCAGGUUGGAUCUGAGGACUCAGGUGAGAUUCAAGAUUAUGUUUUGGAAAACCAAGAGGUACGGGAUUGAUGUUGGUGCUGAUGUUGAAGUCAACGGUGAUGGAGUUAAAGCUCAUAAGAAAGGGAUUAAAAUGAAGAAAUCUGAUUCUUCUUUUCCAUUACCAAGAAGCUCUUUCCCUAUUUGUGUUUUGAUGAAUUUGCUAGUCUUCUUCGCUAUUCGUUGAUUGAAGGUCUCUUGGAUUUUAUUUUGAUUUUCAUAUUGUUGAUUUUUAAUUAUUGACUCUUUCUAUCAUGAGUUUUUUUGUUGUGUGUUAGCUCCAGUUUCUUCAUAUUAGUUCGACCAAUGACUUUUAUUCCCUUUGUUGUUUUUGUUUGUUUCAACUAUGUAUUAGUUCCCAUCAACCAAAUUCUAUUUGAAAUCCAAUUAUCCAUUUUUAAA